AUGAACGUUGAAGGAAAACUUGACGAUUUUACUCAAAUCCGGCGAGGAUAUGGAAAACUUGAUCGUAAUGCUACAUUUCAGGAGUUGCUGCAAAGUAUUCUUGACUAUCGGGAUACAGGAAACUCAAGAGAACGAACACUUGAAGCGAUGGAUGAAAUGAGCAUAAAGGGAUAUACUAAUUCUCCUAUUAAACAUUACCAUAAACACCCAGUAGCGUUGGGGGAUGCUCAAAAUAGUUAUUAA